AUGGCUGAUGAUUCCACAGUUGCGCAGUAUGUUCAAGACAAAUGGGGGCAAGUUGCUGAUGAUAAAUCUUGCUUAUUGGAUAGUUAUGACGUGCAGUUUGAGCGAACCGUCGGACGAUCAGCAGUUUACAAUGAUACACAUCAACUUGGAGUGAGGCCAACUUGUGAGAUACCCAUCAUCCAUGUUUAUGUAAGUAGGUUGGCCGAGAUUGAUGAUAACCGAAGUCAGUUUCAUACAUCCAUGGUGAACAUAGCAAGAAUGUUUGAUGGUUUGAAUAAAGACAUGGAGGCUUGUAUGAGAAAAUUUGAUAGUAUGGUGCAACACGUGUCCCAAGUUCCAAUGGUGGAGAUAGCAAUUGAAUCUUUAUGUAGUGAUUCCGUAGAUGUUAAUGGUUUUCAAGAGUGUGUUGAUCUACAAAGAAAAUAUAGAGAGUCUAUAAGCAGUGAGGAGGUAGAUGAGGAAAUUGAUUGUAGAGACCGGUAUGAUGCAGAACCUCAAAACCAUGGUGAUAACAGCUUUACAGAUUGCAGAAUUAUGGGUUUUCAAGGUCAAGGUCGUUCGACGAUACUCAAGAUCAAUGUAGUUAAAACAAGUGAAACGAAGCUAUCAUCAAUUGAAGAUGGUUUGAAAGAUGUGGAUACAAGUCUUAAUGAUCAUGGUCACACUCAACAUUCUGGCCCUUCCCAUCAGAUUUCGGGUUCCUCACCAUUGGAGCAUGAAAAACAAUGUUGCUUAAAUUUAGCCGGGGUUGAUUUUGCUAUUACGAGUAAGAUGAAGCUGUCAUCAAUUGAAGCCGAUAUAGCUUCAGAUUUUUCAAAUCUCAGUCACCAAGAACAAGGCCAAUUGAUAAUGUUUGAUAGUUAUGAGACUAAAGACACUUCACCGACAGCUGAUGAAAUAUUAAAGGGGUUAAUCUGCAAUGGUCUACAGCAUGGGGCAGCUGCCGUAUCAGCUUAUGUUCCUUCACAGUUUAGUCAACAAGAUAAAAGCAGACUACAUCAUUGGUGGCUUGUCAAAGCCAAGUCUACAAAUUCUUUAGUUGGGACCGAUUCUCUUUGUAUUGAUGUUGAAUCCGAUGAGAAUCAAGAGGAGAAAUGCAUUGCUUGGCUGGAUUAUGGUGCUGCUGUAGAAUGGAAGUUUGAGUUGACCGAUGAUCGGAGGAUCCUGAAACCAUUAGCUGGUCAAGGGAAAAGGCGUUGCACUCGGGCUUAUGCCAAACAUUUUAGGUCUACACCAAAGAGGAUUAGAGCAUUUCAUGUUGAAAAGAUAGUGAUCAAAAAGGAUGCUGAUAUAAAGCGGAAGGUUAAUGAGAAUAAAGAGUGCAAUGAAAAUAAUCGGUUGAAGAAUGAUAAAGCGGAGCUGAAAGUUGAUAAGGCGAUGGAGGAGCAACAGAUUCAGUCACAGUUAAAAGUCGGGUCAGUACCCUGCGUGGACGAAUACGGCGAGCUUUACGGUUCUGAACAGCCUGAACCCGGUGUCGUUCCGGCACUAUACUGUCGUAACCCGGCUUAUUACGAACACAUCCAUCAGGGAGGAAAAAUCAUGAACCCUCAACAGGCAAGGAAAUUUCAUGGGGACGAAAACACUCAUUCUAUCGAACCGCGGCCAAAUUUUGAGAAGGGAAUGUCUACUUUAGCUUUUACCUUUGGAAUCAGAGAAGAGAUUAUGGUAGCCGUUAAUCAUUCGCGGCCAGGUUCAGCGUUUAACGCGUCUGUUAUCGACCUUAAUUCUCACAUGAUCGCCACGAUGUCUGGAAAGACUGUUGAUUUCUGCCAUGGUUUGUUGGAAACUCUAAAAAAGGAGGUUAUCAGAUUGCAAAGAAGAAUAUCUGUUGCCGAUGCAGCACAGCUUAUGGCUAGAACUUUGGCGAAAAAUUCCGCCAACAAUGAAAUAGGCUUUGGUGACGCUGGAUCUGAACUUGAACAUGCCGGCGUUGGAAAUGCUGCGUGGUGGACUAAAAGGGCAAUUUGCCGUGUGGCAUCUCAAGCUCGUGAAAGUUGUUCUUUCGGCAGCAUUUACUAUGUAGGACCUGAUGGGUGGAAGCCUAUCUUUGAGGACAUACAUGUCGUUGAUGAUGCCGUUCCGACCUCCGGAAUGUCGUAUGCAAGCAAGGGGGUGUGA